GUCUCCCUAUGUUUCUCAGAACAGUUUCUCAGUACAGUCACCAACUGAAAUCCAAUCAGAUUACAUAUACUACCAAAAUAAAUUUAAAUAAAAUCUUUAUAUUUUGUACACAUAUAUUGAACAUGAGAAGAAGUAUUGCCGUGCGGUCUAUGUUCCUGAAUUGUCUCCGGGAAAAUGCCUCCAAUAUGCGACUGGAGCACGAGGAUCUGGGCCGUCGCAUAGCCAUUUCACUGGCCAAUUCUCGUAAAACUCUGGCUAACAUCGAGAACAUGAAUCUUGAGCUGCAGAAAAUGAAGGAAACUAUCCAUGAUGCCCUUAACACCAUUCGCAGAGAUGCAACUUACGAAAAUAAGUCUUGUCGAAUGCUUCUGAACAUUCUAUUUAUAGUUGUUGCUGAAUUCGAUUUGGAGGCCAAAUUAGAUCCGAAAAUUGUAACUCGGAUGUUUAUCGACUGUGACUCGAAAACUAAUAAGCCAGUUCAACCAGCAAUUGAGGGCAAUAAUUCUCGUUCCAAGCCCGUUGAUGAUUCCAAUGCAGAGCAACAUGUAAAGACCGUCUCCACCCAAAGUAAUUUUUCUAUGACUGAGUUGGUUGCUGUACCCAAACUUAAAAAUGCCACAGAGGAUUUUCAGACAAUUAUAUCUAGUUCAAACUUAAAUGAUAAGGAAGUAACUGAAUCCGCUAACGUUUCUAUCUCCCAUAUUGAUUUUGAAUAGUCAAAAGGGCAAAACAAGACAUGUUUUAUAUUUUUUAAGGAUUCAAUUGGACUGGUCAGUUAAUAAAA